CCUCUGUCUUCGUCUAUCCCCAUCAAAAUUAUGUGCUCUUCUCAUAAAAAUGAACUCAAAAUUGCAAGAGAGAGACCAACAUUAUGUUCCUGUGGUUGUGGAAGAAGGCAUUUCAUCGAAGCAGCAACGGCUUCAGCUUUACUCCCACUAAAACCUUCCACCUCUUCUGAAUUACCUUCUGAUUACAUGUAUAUGUUGAAGAGGGUUCAUCCUCCAAGACCGGAUUGGUAUGAGGAGUUCUAUGCGUCGGUUAUGAAUUCAAGCAUGGACUCAUAUGAGGCAGAGAUUGCAGGUUACAAAUCACAGAUAUUUGGUAAUUUGAGGGGAAAUGCAGAGAAAGUGUUGGAGAUUGGGAUUGGCACUGGCCCUAAUCUCAAAUACUAUGCUAGUGAUCCUAAUAUCCAGGUUUUCGGUGUUGAUCCGAACAAAAAGAUGGAAAAGUAUGCUCAGGCAGCGGCAGUGGCUGCUGGUUUACCUCUCACAAACUUCAAAUUUGUCCAAGCAGUUGGGGAGGCAAUUCCAAUGAGUGACGAGUCUGUAGAUGCUGUUGUUGGAACACUUGUAUUGUGUUCAGUUGAAGAUGUUGCCAUGACACUACAAGAGGUAAAGAGGGUGCUGAAACCCGGAGGGAAUUACAUAUUUGUCGAACAUGUGGCUGCAAAAGACGGAACACUUGUUAAAUUCUGGCAAAGUGUUCUAGAUCCUAUACAGCAGACAGUUGCCGAUGGUUGUCACCUUACCAGAGAAACAGGAAAGGACAUAUCUGAAGCUGGAUUCUCAGGACUGGAACUUGGGAAUGUAUUUUUGUCUAAUGCCUCACUCAUAAAUCCUCAUGUGUAUGGUAUAGCUUGUAAAUAGCAACAAUAAACCUCAGGUCUCAGUCCAUCAGAUUUUGAUUUGAAGGCCAAGUUAAAUAUGUCUUCCCAUUAUUUACAAUCAGUGCAAAGCUUUGACUAGCACAUGUAGCUUGAUAAGAAUUUUUGGAGUUUAUUCCUUUCAAAGGGAUGAAUAAUGAAUAUUUGUGCAGUGGGCUUGUUAAUUUGCAUCAUUCAAGUUUCAUUAUUUGGUCU